UGAGGUUAGCGACCGCGGCCUUAGCAACGGCUUGGGCGCAGAGGAGGCUACUGUUGGACUUCGGGGUGGGCGGAGGCGGCCGGGGCUCCUGGCUGAGGGCGCCGGAGGGGGACAUGGCAUCCAACUGCCACACAGAUUCGGACCAAUGGAAGAAAAAACCAGCAAAAACUGAACUAAAUGAAACUCAAAAACAAGAAAUUAAAGAGGCCUUUGAUUUAUUUGAUAUUGAUGGGUCUGGAACCAUAGAUGUAAAAGAAUUGAAGAUUGCUAUGCGGGCCUUAGGAUUUGAACCAAAGAAAGAAGAAGUUAAAAAAUUGAUAGCUGAAAUCGACAAAGAAGGAACUGGCACCAUUAGUUUUGAAGAUUUUUUUGCCAUAAUGAGUCUAAAAAUGAGUGAAAAAGAUGAAAAGGAAGAACUGUUAAAGGCUUUCAAAUUAUUUGAUGAUGAUGCUACUGGAAGCAUAACAUUAAACAAUAUCAAGAGAGUUGCUAAGGAACUAGGGGAAACUUUAACAGAUGAUGAACUUCAGGAAAUGCUUGAUGAAGCUGAUCGUGAUGGGGAUGGAGAAAUAAAUGAGGACGAAUUUUUGAGAAUGAUGCAGAAGACCAGUCUUUAUUAAUACUGUUUUUGUUCCUUCUAAAAGUUAACAAAUUUGUAUUUGUUAUACAGUCCCAUAAUAUCUGAAUAUUCACUUUCAAUUUACAGUUUAUAUGCACAAAUUGGUCUCUUGAUGUCUAAACCAUGUGAGAAGUUACAUGUUUCUCCAAAUAUGUUGUUAAAUCUACGACAUCAAGAACAAAAUGUAAUGACUUCCUUGAAACAUGAAUCCAAGAAUAGUAUCAAUUCUAACUGCUAUUUUUAGAGCCUAGGGUCCAAAGACUUAUGCAUUUUUUUUAAGUUUAAUUAACUUAGCCUCACAUGCAAAGGCACUUGGCAACAAAGGCAUACUUUCCCUGUUAUUGGGGCAUGUGUCUGCAAUUCUUUAAAAACUGUUGAAAAUUUUCUUUUUCAGCAGUUAUUCAGAUAUAUAUAGUAUUAAAUAAAACUGUCUGGUAACUGUUAUUUGCUACUUUUCUUCCUAUAAAGAAAUUUAAAGCAGUACUUGUAUCACUCAGACAGGGAUUUUAGCUGUUAUCUAGUUAGUAUAUUACAACUUGUAAGCUGAUAGUAUUAGCUCCAACUGUACAAGAGAAAAUGAAAGUUUAGAGAACUUAAAUUUAAAAAUUGCUCAAUUACCCACAGAUACUAAAUAAAACAUGGAUUCUAAA